GGCCGACGCUAUCAUGCUUUUCGAUCUGGAAGUGAGUUUUGGUCUGGGUCUCAGCCCCCAUCUAUGUUGGUCUCAUCUGUAAAAUAGCAUAUAUAAUGCCGAAUGACGAGCCAGAGAUGGAUAGGAUGGACAUGUGCCAUGCAAUGAUGACAAGGGUUAUUGGGAAUCGAAUUUUCUUGGCGCCCCUUGAGAGAAGUAAGACCCAUCGCAUUCUCGACGUUGGGACUGGCACAGGUAUAUGGGCCAUUGAGAUGGGCGAUCUCUUCGCGGAGGUCAUUGGAAUUGACCUGAGCGCCAUCCAGCCGACAUGGGUUCCCGAAAAUGUCAAGUUCCAAGUUGAUGAUGUCGAAAGUCCCUGGAUCGAAGUAAGGAAGUACGACUUCAUAUCCACAGGGUUUUUAGCAGCAUCCAUUCGUGACUGGAAUCAGACCUUUGUGGAAACCAUGGAGAAUCUCGGCAUUCCUUUGCCCAGGUCCAAAACUCGAAGGCUGGGUUCGAGAACAAAAAUUCGAAAACAUGUUCCAUCAAAAAAUCAAAAAUCCACUUGGCCCGUGGCCCAAAGAUCCACGGUAUGA